CACACUUUAGCAGAUUUCUGUCAGUCUGUUCCAGGAAACCUCUUGGGUUUAUCGUUUGUUUAUUUUAUUUUAUUUUAAUUUUUUUUUAGCGUCACACUAAAAUGGUUUUCAGGUCUCCGCUUGAUUUUCUAUCAGCCUCCCGGCUCCUCCUGCCCCACUUUGCCGACGGGCCGCCUCACCUGCCCCGCUCCCGGUCCCCAGAAGACCCCCCGGCGGCCGCCCAUCCUCUGUCCCUCCCGGGACUCUGCUUCUCCGCCACGCAGAUCGCCAGCGUGUGCGAGACCCUGGAGGAGACCGGGGACAUCGAGCGGCUGGCCCGCUUCCUCUGGUCGCUGCCGGUCACCGCCGACGGCCGCGACUCCAUCUCCGAGCACGAGUCCGUGCGGCGGGCGCGCGCCGUGGUCGCCUUCCACACGGGGAGCUUCCGCGAGCUGUACCGCAUCCUGGAGACGCACCGCUUUACGCGCACCUCGCACGGGAAGCUGCAGGCCAUGUGGCUGGAGGCUCACUACCGCGAGGCGGAGAAGCUGCGGGGCCGACCGCUCGGGCCCGUCGACAAGUACCGAGUCAGGAAGAAGUUCCCGUUACCGAGGACCAUCUGGGACGGAGAGCAGAAGACGCACUGCUUCAAGGAACGCACCCGCGGGCUGCUGAGAGAGUGGUACCUGCAGGACCCGUACCCGAACCCGGGGAAGAAACGGGAGCUGGCUCACGCCACCGGACUGACACCGACCCAGGUUGGGAACUGGUUUAAAAACAGGAGGCAGAGGGAUCGCGCGGCGGCGGCUAAAAACAGGUUGCAGCAUCACCGCGUCUGCACAGAUGGUUCCCGUCCACGGAGCGGAGGAGACUGCAGUCCAGAUGGCAGCGCGGAGCGGGCAGACGGAGAAACUUUCCUCUCAGUGACGGACAGUGACUCAGACUUGGAUGUCUGAAACUUUUGGUCAAUAUAUAUAUAUUUUUACAGGGAUCUUUAGUGGACUGUGAGUGUGUGUCGAGGGGUAACAGAGAGAGAAGGAGCUACAGGGCCUUGUAAAGGUAUUCAUGCCCCUUAAACUUUUCACAUUUGGCCACGUUUAAAACAUAAACUAAUAUGUAUUUUAUUGAGAUUUUACCUCCGCAGUGUUGAUUUUCUUCGCGGUCUCUAACAGAUUUUCUCUAUGUUUACCUGCCUCUAUCUUCUCAUCAACUCUGACCAGCAUCCAUAGAUGGAGCGCACCCCACCGCAUGAUGCUACCUCUUAUCUCCACACAGGGGGAUAACAUUUUCAAGAUUAUUUAUAAUGUUAGCUUUAAGCCGAACAUUUUUGUUCAAGUACAUUUUUUUUUUUUUUUUGAUUUGUAAGAAAAUCGCAAGCCAUUUAAAAAUGUCUCUUGCUAUACAAACACACUCAGAGUAAAACACAUUAAAGGCUAGUGGUUAUAUUUUGGAGGAGUCUGGAUACUUUUAGAAGACACUGCAAUACGAUCACUUUAUGCCAGCCUAACCAGUAGAAGCACAGGUUGCAUUAACAUUUUUAUGCUUCCUCUGUUUUCUGGCUGAUAGUUCUUUCCAGAAAGAUCUUAUGACCUUUGACCACUUUCUGUUCCAACCACAUCCAGUGAUAAUGGGUUCAUCUGACAAUCCAAAUUAGAGCAGCACUGAGCAGAAAACCCCCCCCGCCUGCUGGUCUCCGUCUGCAGCAGCUGGAACUUUUUGGGCUGAAACCUGCUGGGGAGCCAGAACCUCAUUUGGUGUAGUUUUCCUGAAUGAAACUAGUUUUUAGAGACAACCUGGACCGACUGCUGUACAAUCAACUACAAUAACUAAACCCUACCUCCCUGUCUGCCUGUUUGCAUUUUCAGCCUUUACCUUCAGGUUCUCUGUGCAGUUUGUGUGAAGCCAUGCCACGGCCUACUCCAUGUUCAAUUUGAUGCUGACAAAAUGUUUUCAGUAUUUUAUAUUAAAUUUAUUUAAUUUUAAAAGGUCACUUGAAUUCAUUUGUUAUGUAUGUGAACAAAUGUCUAAUGUUCUUUUUUUUAAUGAAAAUUGUUUAU